UAGGUUUUUUUUCGGGGCACGCCAUAAAACAGUUUGGUAGCAUGUUAUAACGUGUUUAUGAAAUUGUCUGCUGAUUAUUUCGGAUGGGUUGUUCGCUGAUGGAAAUGCAGCUUUCAUUAACUGAGUCUAAUUAAAGUUAAUUAGGAUCGCCGCCGGGCAAGUGAUGUAAGAUUCCGCUGGUCCAAUCGCAAGGCAGGAGACAGCCAAUUGGAUACGUUUGCAUAUCAGAUCCAUAUGCAUGAAGCUGCCAUGCAAAUCCAGAAGUUUUCCUGAAUUUCACGGGGAAUUCUCUCAACUUAACUCUCUUUUUUUAUACUCGGCGGACAAGUGGGAAAAUCACCUCUACUUGGGGGAAAUUGAGAAGCAGACGCUUGGAUUUGGUUGGCGAUCAAACUCUGUCAGUUUCAUGUGGCGCGUCAAUUUCAUGUCAGUUUCCUGCAGACUGAUCAUUCCUAGUCAGCCCUGUGCACUUCCUCGUUAAUGAUGACUAUGACCGCGAUGGCUGACGGUCUGUUAGCACCAGACUCUUCCAAGUCGGCCUUUCUCGAGUUUGGACAUCCAGCUCAACAGACAUCUCCUGGCAUGUCCCAUGGACACUACCCGGUGCACGGCUUGCACUCCAGCGGACAUUCUCAGCACGAUGGUUCCUACUCAGGCGCCUCUUCCUAUGGCAGAUCGCUGGGUUACCCAUACCAGAGCCCAGUUAGCAAUCACGCACCUAAUCCGUACAUGCCAUACCAGAACAACAACACUUUGGGUCACACCAGGUUAGACGACACAGAUCACGAGAAGUCGACGGUAAUCGAAAAUGGAGAAAUCCGAUUGAAUGGAAAAGGGAAAAAGAUCCGAAAACCGAGGACCAUUUAUUCGAGCUUACAGCUGCAGGCUCUGAACCAUCGCUUCCAGCAGACGCAGUAUUUGGCAUUACCAGAGAGAGCAGAACUGGCAGCCUCCUUGGGACUCACCCAGACACAGGUGAAAAUCUGGUUUCAGAACAAACGCUCCAAGUAUAAGAAGUUGAUGAAACACGGCUCCAGUGUACAAGAAGGUGACCAUCUGCCCACCUCUGCUGCUUUGUCUCCAUGCUCACCUAAUAUCCCACCAGUCUGGGACGUUGCCAUGGCAAAUAAAGGUGCCACUAUGCCACCAAACAGCUACAUUAACAGUUUUGGGUCGUGGUACCCACCGCCACACCAGGACACCAUGCCGAGACCCCAGAUGAUGUGAUUGACCAGGAGUACAAUCGAUCCCAUGGACUUUCUAACAUUUAAUCAAAAAGUCACAUGAUUUGUGGUAGUCUUAUGGACCAGAAACAAUGACUGAUUUGAGAUACCAAUGGCUAUGUGCGUUCAGUCAUAUCCAAACAGGUUUGUCCAUGAAAUGCACUGGGUACUUAGAGUCAAGCUUCUCUAAUGAGUGCAAUGCAAACCUUGUAUGAUGUUUGGAAUUCAAUUGGAGAAGUUUGAUGCAGCUGUAAUCAACGUUGUGAAUUGCAAAAAAAGGACUGAUUUUAUAGCUCUUCUAUUAAGCUCAAUUUUAAUGUUGUUUAAAAAAAAAACACUUCAGGAUGCAGAUCCUUCUUAGUUGGUUAAAAUACAAAGGCUGUAUUUCAAAGUGUUUACAGGCAGGCUGACCCAUUCCUUGCGGAGGAUAAAUAUCAUAUUAACCAAGUUUUAUUUAAUUAUCAUUAUUCCAAUUUUAAGCCUUGCGGCUUUCUAAACAAAACUACAAACACCUCUUUAGUUAAAGUAUCAGACUGGAAUUUAUAGCGGUUCUUUUUGUGUGCCACAGAUAUUUUCUUUUGGUCAGGGCAGAGUGAAUAUGAUGAAUUAAAACAAAUACAGUUGCCAUGAUGUGUACAGUUGGAAAUAAUUGUUGGAAAUACAAUGUUAUUUUCCCAGCAUCUACAAAAAGCAAAAAAAAGACAGACUAAAGUUUGGGUCUUUGAUCCUUAAUCCACCAAUCCUUAAUAUUCUGGGGGGAAAAAUGUGCUGUCUGUUUUCAGAUGCCAAGGGAAAUGGUGCAUUUCCAAUGUUGUCAGCAUUGCAAAAAAAAAUGUCUGCACUUUUAUAGUUGCUUUGUAUGUUAGAACUAUUUUUGGAGAUGGAGUCAUAGAGUUAUACAUCAUAGAAACAGGUGCUUCAGCUCAAUUUGCCCAUGCCAACCAAGAUGCCCCCUCUACCCUGGUCCCACCCGCCUGAAUUUGGCCCAAGUCUCUAAAUAUCUUUCCUAUCCAUAUACCUUACAAGUGUCUUUUAAACGUUAUAGUACUGCCUCAACUACCUCCGCUAGCAGCUUGUUCCAUAUACCUGUGAAAAAGUUGCCCCUCAGGUUCCUAUUAAAUUUUUCCCCUCUUGCCCUAAACCUAUGUUUUUUUUUAAAUUAACAAAAUUAAAAACAGAGGACAUAGGUUUAAAGAAACUUUAAAUUACCCUUUCCAAUUUUAGUCCAUUAACAUUGAGAGACAGGACAAGUAAGUUGCAACAUCACCAUGCACAGUAGUUCCAUCUGCUAUGUGUACAUUUAAAUGAUUGCUAAUCAAGACUGCAAGUGUUCAGAAUAACUAAAGGCAGAAGACCUAUUUUGGAUCGAAACAAUGCAAUUAGGGCAAGGAAGGUAUCCUCAACCCAUCACCACUAACAGCUACUUCCCUCCAGAUCACCAUCUCGCACACCCCCAAUAAACUAUACAAUUAAUAAUGAAGUGUGAUGUGUUGUAUAAUCAACUGGAUGUGGCUCCCAUUUGAAAUACAGCCUAUGUAGGGAAAUAAACCAGAUAUGUUUAGCUCAUCCAAGCAAUAUGAAGGCAAAAAAAAGAUGUCUUGGAGAACAGAACGGUGGAACACAGUACAUGUGUGUAUAUAUUGUUAAUUAGUUGUAAAUAGUGCAUAUGUAUUAUGUCAUUAUUCUAAGUAAAUCAGUGAUAUGCGUUCAAAGCAUCUUAUAUACACCCCAAUUCCGAUAAACAUGGCUACUCGAUUUAAUAGUAGGUUUCUCAGGAUAAUAGAAGCCGGAGCGUGUUCGCAUUUUUUUUAAAGAAAAAAAAAGCAAUGCCGACUUACUGUGGAUUUAACUCUUAAGUGUAAAGGAAAGGCAGUCUGAUUGCAUGUAAUUGAACAAACUAUUUUACACCCCAACAAGAUUUCUUACUUACGUUUCCCGGAGGUCAAACAUAGACGUACAGCUUACUAGAUUUUUAAAAUUAUAUAAAAUGUUAUGCGGUCACGUUAAAAAAAAAAAGUGGAGAAAACGUGAUUUUAUUUUUGCAUGACCACAUAUUAAUUUGCCGAAAAGAAUUGGUGCAUAUCUGGAGAUGUUGUUAUUUGUCUUUCUGAUUAAAAAGGCUUUGGACUUUUAAAAUCCA